GUCUGUACCACACAUUCUGUGCGCUCAGUUACUCCCAUGUAUGUACUAUGUACAUGCAUGUAGCUACUCAGCUUCGUCGCAGCAUCUCUGCCAGGCCGAGCGACCAGGAGACGCCUUAGAGUAUGCUUCAGUUGUCGCCGGCUCAGUGCACGCGCCGACGCGACGCGACGAGGCCAUGACGUCACGCGUCUGCGGCGUGCGUCGUCACUCGCCCCGCACGCAUGCACAGACUUGUAUACUUGUAUUUCUAGGACCCUCAGCCUGCCCCCACCAACCCAACCUCUCCUCCUCCCCUCCUGCACCCAGUGAACCCACAACUUCCCAGCCGCAAUGAUGUCUGCUCUCGCCGCAGAGAAGAACAAUGCCGUCCAAUUCGCUCACAACACACUCCGCGCGGCGCGCAAAGGCAACAUCGCCACACUUCUUUCCCCCGCGCGCGUCCUGCGUCUGCUCUUUGACGCGUUCUACAUCCUCGUAGAGCUCGUCAUCAUAUGGCUCUUCAAGCCGCCAGCACCGCCCGAGAACUUCAAGCCUCGCGGCAGAAUCGCCGUCAUAGGUGCUGGUCUUACAGGCGUGUCCAGCGCAGCCCACGCGAUCGCCCAUGGCUUCGACGUCGUGAUUUACGACCAGCACGAAUCCAUUGGUGGCAUCUGGGCCAACGUCAACGCCACCUCCGGUCUUCAGCUCAACUCCCUGCUGUACCGCUUUCACCCAGGUGUGCUCUGGAGCAGCAUGUUCCCGCGACGUGACGCAAUCCUGUCAGAGAUCCGCAGAACUUGGAAGGAAUACCACCUUGAGCCACGCACACACCUCAACACGCGCGUCACCUCCGUCCGACGUGCCACACCAGAGGAGAUGGACAACGUACCAGAAGAAGACCUUGAUCCCUGCCAACAGGGCCAUGCACGCUGGAUCGUGAACGACGGCGCGGACGGUGUGUUCGACGCGGUCAUCGUGACGAUCGGGACGUGUGGCGAGCCGCAAUGGGUCAAGUUCCCGGGAAUGCCGGAUAUGGAGGAGAUCAAAGCACGCAGGGUGCGCAGCCAGGAGGAUGCGCGCGACUCGCAGGAGUCGCCCUCCCCAGACAAGGACGAGAGCAAGACGGAGUCGGAGGCAGACGCCGAGGAAAGGAAGCACAGCCAGCUCGGCAACAAGGCAGAUGCGGAGGACAAGCAGGAGGAGGGAGAGGGAGAUGGGGAAACGUUCGCGGGGACACUGCUACACUCGUCGGAACUCGACGACGCGCAGCUCGCGGGGAAGCGCGUCGUCGUGAUCGGCAGCGGCGCGAGCGGUGUCGAGGCGGUCGAGACGGCGCUCGCGCGGGGCGCGCAGGGCUGCGUUAUGGUCGCGCGCCAGGACAAGUGGGUCAUCCCGAGGAACAUGAUCAUCGAUACUCUGAUCUCGGCGCAGCCAUUCGGGCGCGAGAUGCCGCUGAGCUUCAUCUGGGAGAAGUUCAUCACCAUCUGGAACUACCACGGCGUCGAGGACCUGACGCCCGCGCACCUCGGGCUGUUCCAGGGCACCCCUGUCGUGAACGAUGAGUUCCUCGACCACGUGCGCGCGGGUCGCUGCAAGUACAUACGGGGAGACACACAGGGCCUGACCCGAGGUGGCGUGAAGGUCAGUGUGCGUGGACGGUCCUCAAAGCCGGGGGACGAAGGUGAAGAAGAAGAGUUCCCUGCGGAUGUUAUUGUUCUCGCCACUGGGUUCAAGAAACCGGAGAUUGGCUUCUUGCCAGAGGACUUGUUCCCCGAGACGUACGAGCGCCCGAACCUCUACCUCCAAAACUUCGCCACAGAGGACUGGUCGGUCUUGAUGACGAACUCUUCGUAUAUGAAUGCAAUCGGCCACAUCGGAAUCUACAUGCGCAUCCUCCUAACGUUCCUCAUGGACGAGGACGCGCGACCGUCGCCGAAGGACAUGAAGCUCUGGGUAGACGUCUUGCGCUUCGUCAAGCGCGGCGCGCGGGGAGGCGCGCUCGGUUUCUUCACGUACAUGGAGCUCACGAUCUGGUUCUUGCUCUUCCACAUCUUCCGAUUGGAUAGGCUGAGGUGGAUGUUCUUCAUCAUGCAAGGAUGGGGUGUACACCCGGAGCCUGCUGAGCCAGGCAAGGAGGAUGCGGCUAAGGAGGGCAGUGCACCGAUAUCAGAGCUUGGUCUCGUGCGGGAUUGGGUGAAGGCAGAGUAAAGUGGUGCGUCUUAUCUACGCGCAAACAUUCACUGGUAUGCCACGGAUCCGUCACCUGACACAGUUACCCAUGGCAUACUCACCUUCGUAACACAGCAUAUCGACAUCGUAGAAGACUGUAACACGCGAACUCUGUCGGUAGUGGUUCACUUGCACAUAUUACUAUGUCACAUAGGCUAUGUCACCAGCGAGCAGUGCCGGAGCCCGGGCCUUCCGGGCCGCCAUCAAGAUGGCGCUUGCGGUCGUG